CAUACCGUUACAAUUUUUAUACAAGUAUACUAUAACCUCACAUAUCAGUCAAUUCAAAAACUGUCGUUAGAAGUUUGGACAACUAUGAAUGACUUGAUGAAUGCUCUAUCUAAAUCAAAGACUGAUGUUGACAGUCUACAUAAGACAAUAUCCAAGUGUAAAGCUGAGGUAAUAAGUUAUAUUGAGGAUGUUUACGUGAAGUACACCGAGUGGCCACAGUGCAAUCAGAAAUUACUAAAGAAGGUGAAGGAGGUUUUAGAUAAUGUAAAUGUAGUUAAAGAAAGAUUCGAGUCAGUUACACUUGGCGAUUUGUCUGCACAGCAGGAGCAAGUAGACACUCUACAACGUGAAUUGCACAACUGUCAAAUUUCUACUUCGUGCACGAUAUCGUUAAUGGAAAUACAUGAGAAGCUUUUAAACUUAAAGGAUGGUAAAAUGAAAGACAAUAUCAUUCAGGCAGCUUCUGAAUUGGUGCACGUGGGGACCUUGAUAAUGAACCUCCCGGGUCAAGAGUUAUUAGAUGUUGUACCUUCAUUAAAAUCAACUGUGGCGUUUGAGAAAACCGAAUUGGCAUACGCAGUCACCGUAAUGCUGGAGGAGAUGAUCGUUAUUAAGGAAGCCAAAGCUGGACGUAUGCAAACCUACACGAUGAAGAUAGACAAAAACACUUCUCAACUGCGAGACAUCAUCAACACUCUCCGCAUACUCAACCAGUUACAGUCACCUCUCGAUAACUUUCGUCAGUCUUUUUGGACAUGCAUCUGUAAACCGAUACUUACCAGCAUGACUCUGAUACGUACAGACGACGAGGGCGACUUUCACACUCUCACAAUUGUCGUGAAACAAACGGCUCCGGUGAAAUCGUACAAGGACGUACUCGACAAGCUCCUGCAGGUAUUUUCCUUUGUUCGUACGCAUUUCGAUUACGAAAUAACGGACGGGUAUAAGUUGCACACGUUUCUCGGAAAUGGGGUAGAAGUCGAAUUAUCGCAGAUGUUACUUCGCGACAUUUUGCCUCAUUCGGAUGCAAUCAAAAGUGAUAGUAAGCAAAUCGUCGACGACGCUAGAAACUUUCAAAAUGAACUGGUGAAACUGGAAACGUUCGCCGAAGCCAAUGCGAUUUUGGAGUACGUCGACGGCGUGGACGCGAUGCUCGUUAACGAAAAGUGCAAUCAGUACACAGUCGAGGCGAUCACAAUCAUGAAGAAAGAUCUGCACGAUAUGGUCGAAGUCGGUGUACACUUUGACGCCGAUAAUCCUCUCACCGGAGACCAAUUCCCUCAGUGCACCAUAUCCAAGAGCACACUGGAGUUGCUCGACAAGGCGGAGAAGGUACUGCUACAGUCACUAACCGACCCACCUGCAAUGGCCACUCGCACCAUAUGCGCAAUGCAAAGCAUAUUUUAUCAGUACGGAAGUAUCGUUUACGGCCACCACGAGAAGUUACUGCAAACCAUUCCGCAGCAGGUCGUCCUCUACCGUAACAACUGCAUGUACUUGGCCCAUCGGCUGUCGCAACUCAACGACCUUUACAGUUCGCGUUUCCCACCGGAAGUGCUACCGAUACCGCCGCUCUUCAAGGACCAGUCCCAUCAGCUGCGCACCGUUGGCGGCGACAUCUUUUUGGGCUACGUCGAGACGCACAUACAGGCGAUGGAACGGACGCUCUCCGAGUACAAGUUCGAACCUCACCAGCUGUCGGAGAACAUGUCACCCGACAUAGACAAAUGUUUCAGACAGUGCCUGCGCCAGUACGAGCUGCUGAAGACGGUCUGGCAGAAGGUGCUACCGCAUGCGGUUUACAAUAAGACGAUCGGUUACCUCGUCAAUGCGUUCUGCAAGAGGUUGCUCGGUACCGUGUUGGAAGCGCCCGAUAUAAGUGUGAAAAAUUGCGAGCUACUCGUGGAUUUGUACAAGAUCGUUUUAACACGCGCUCCGCGUUUGUUUACCGAUUCGGAAGAAAUUAAUCUGUACGUCGAUCUUUGGCAGAGAUUGAACGAACUUGUCUUUGUGCUCACCGCGGAUUUAGUUUCGAUCGAAGAUAGAUGGAAGAACGGCCCUCUUAGCACGCGCUUUUCACCGGACGAGGUUAGACAUUUGAUUAAAGCUUUGUUUCAGACUACUGAUCGGCGUGCGCAUGUGUUAAGCCAAAUUGUUAGUGUAAAUAAGUUCUAGGUUUGUGUUAAAAGCACGUUUCUAGAAAGUUGCAAUGGAGGAGCUGAGGGUUAACUAUACGAAGGUUUUUCCAAAAGUUGGAUAUGUGCGGAUCUUUAUAAACAUGAACGUAAAACAAUGCUUUCUAAUAUGUUCUAUUCAACACGACUCGGCCGGUAAACUUUGAACUCGACCGGCCGAGUUGGAGCGGAAACUAGUGUGUGCGUUUUUAUGAUUAAAAUUAAAAGAUAUGGAGAGCCGAGGA